CUUAUGGUCCACCACUAAAAAGGCUUUGCUUCCGCAAUCACCCACCAUCGCUUCCCUCUCUCUCACGCACAAACAGAGAGAGAGAGCGAGAGACAUAGAGAGGAACAGAGUCUCCGUUGAAAUCAAAAUUUUCUCUUACACGAUCCCGGAAAAUUCUCUCUUCAUUUUUCUUUAUCAUCCAAUUCCCGCCAUUUACUUUCCUUCUCAUUUUCAUUUCAAACAAACAAAACUAUUUGGAGAAAAAAGAAGUCAACAACUCUCUGUUUCAGAUCUCCUUUUCUUUGCUUCAAUUCAUUCAAGUUUCAUUAGAUUCUGUACAUUGUUAUGUUCUGUUUGUAGAUCAAACGCAGGCUUUUUUUUUUCUGAAAAUUAUCUUGUAAGCACUUCUUUCAUUUUAAAGUCUUCGGCUUGUAGCUCAAAUAUAUAGCUUCUUUUGUUUGGUUUCUUAAUAUGGAUGAGUUUGGUGUCUUGACGGAGAGUUUUGGGUUAAAACCGCAAGGCAAAUCGGCUCCGAUGGCCUCUUCGAAACGACCCGAUAACACUUCCAGUGCUCAAACCCGAAGUUUCGCUUCGAAUUCAGCUUCAAACCAAAAUUCAUCAUCAUAUGCUUCGAAAUCUCCCCAUAAUUCCAAUUCCCUUAAUGGGUCUUUUUUCGAUGAUCAUGAAGCUCUUUUUAGCAGUCAAAAACCCCAGAGUUUUGGUGGUUUAGAUUAUGGUUUUGACAUUUUUGGUGGUUUCCAAAAGAACUCAAGGCAAACAACUGAUAAUGGUACUGGGUCUUCUUUCGAUUACGAUUCCAUCUUCUCAAAUUCUAAUUACUUGAAUGCUAAAUCGUCAUUGGAUGGCGAUAUAUUGAGUGGGUUAAACAGUUUGAACUCCAUUAGCACGGAUGAUAUUUUUGGGUCCUUUGGUUCAAAGCCAAAGCAAACUGCACCGAUUGAUGACUUGUUUGGUACCUUUGGUGGAAAAACGAAGACCCCUAGCCAGAAUGGAUCUGUAGGUUUUGAUGAUUUGAUACCUGGGUUUGGUUCAAGCAGCUCAUCGAAGAAGGGGGAAACUACGGCAAUGAAAAAAUCAGCUUUCACCUCAACAGAUGACCCUUUUGUAGUAUUAGAAUCAACUUCAACCACAACGAAAUCGACAUUCAUAGACCCAUUGGAAGAAUUCAGUAAGUUCAAUCAUUUGGGAAGCACAAGGCCCCCUGGUUCAUCAAAUGUUUCAGCACUAAGGCCCCCUCCAAAACCGGGACAAGUUUUGAAGAGUAAUAAAGUUAAAAGUUCAAAUGUGUCUUCCAUAGAUGAACUUGAAGAUUUUGCUAUGGGCAGGGUGCAAAAUAAUGCUAAUGGAAAUGUUCACCAUGCUAAGGAAGCAAGUGAGAGACAAACAGCAAAAGCAGGUAAAUAUAAAGAAGCUGAAGAUGCUGCAUGGGAGAAUCAGGAAAAGAGUGUUGAUGAUAUAGAAUCCUUUUUUAGCGUGGGUUCUCGGUCCAGCAGCGUACCAAGGUCAAGGACUACAACUUCGGAUCCUGUAUUUGAUGCAAUGACAAACAACAAAGGAAAGGCUGCAGUGGCCCAGAGGACAUCUAGUGGUGCCUCAUCUAGCAUAAGGAAGGCUUCUUCUACAACAAAUAUGGUUGAUGAUUUUUCUUCAAUAUUUGGAGAUGCUUCAUUUUUUGGAGAAUUUGAGGAAGUUGAAGGGGAAAGUGAAGAAAGACGAAGAGCCAGAUUGGGCCGACAUCAGAGGACCCAGGAUCGUGUGGCGAAAGCAGUUGCUGAUAUGAACCAGCGUGAUGUUCAAACUCAGCACGAGCAAGAAGAGAGGCGUAGGAUUGCUGACAAAAUGGAUGCUGAGAUAAAGCGCUGGGCGGCAGGGAAAGAAGGCAACAUGCGCGCAUUGUUAUCAUCAUUGCAACAUGUGCUUUGGCCUGACUGUGGAUGGGAGCCAGUUUCAUUGACAGAUUUGAUUACUUCUGCCUCGGUGAAAAAAGUAUAUAGAAAGGCAACAUUAUGUGUCCAUCCUGAUAAGGUUCAGCAGAAAGGUGCUACUGUUGAACAAAAAUAUACUGCCGAGAAGGUUUUUGAUAUCCUCAAGGAAGCUUGGAACAAGUUCAAUAGGGAGGAACUUUCUUAAAAACUUUUGAUGAUUCAUCCUGUUGACUAUUUUUGCGCAAUUUGGCAAUCUCAGAACUCUCAAUUUGGGGCAAAUGAAACUUGUGCAGUUCUGUUCUGCAGCUUUGGGUGCAAUGUGCGUGCAUUACGACAUGAAAUCCAUUAUUAUUCGAUGCUUGGGAAAGAACUUUCGUGUUCGUGUAUGGUUUUGUAUAUUAAUGCUGUUUCUAUAAACAUUACGUGUUACAACAAUCAUAGAACCGCUCCCAGAGUAAGUUCAAACGGCCCAUGCAUUUUAUGUUGGUGGUCAGGAUUCUCAUUGUGAUAUUUUGUUUUUAAAUUUUUUAAGAGGGAGGUGGGAGUUUGCGUGA